AUGAAAGCAACAUUGAAUAAAGCAGUGACGAACGAAGCAGCUAACACGAACGAGGUAUCCACAGCAGCUGUUACAACAAAUGCAUCCGCAGCUCGAAUUAUACUAGAAACGAUCAACACCAAUACGGCGGCUGGCACCGACACGACGUCAAAUACGACAACUGCUGGAGUUGAAGAUGAUGCAGCUAUUACACUCAUCGAACUCAACCAGGGAACAUCUCCGGGCAAGGCAGAGUAUGAGAGAUUGAUAACCCUUGGAAACGCAAAAUUCAAUGGAACAGAAUUGCAGUUCGACCAAAUCUGUGAUACUGUGGGUGCUAAGAUUGAGAAUCUCCAUUCCCAGGGUAUUGAGAAAAAAUUAUCUUCGCUCUUCAUCCAGUAUUUGCAAACAGCCAAAGUGCCUCCUGCUCACUUCUUGUACAACAGAGUCAUUAUGAGAAACCAGAGGGCAUGGACUUUGAAGAUUGCGACUGAUUUGAUUUUGCUAUACAUUACUUACAAAUUUGAGUUGACUCAUGCAUCUCUGCCAAAAGAUAAAAGUGUGCUAAGGAGAUCAACGGACUGUGGUUUUGAAAUCCAUCUGCUUCGCUUGUACUUCUUUUCCAGUCACAUUGUAUCACCACUGAUGGAACUUAAGGAGCAAGACUAUGAGCAAAUGGUAAGAUUGACAAUGCCAGAGCUGUGGAAGAAAAUGGGGGAGGUGAAUCUUUCGGGUUGGCUCACAACAGAACAAUUAAAAUUUGAGAAGGAAGGAUCCUACUCUACAACAAAAAUUAAUGAGGAAAAUUGGAAAGAACUAUACGAGCCAUUGCUCAUUAUUUUGGGUGAACUACACAAAGAUAUUUUUCCAAAAGAGGAAGUCGAGUCGGGACAGGUUCUUUCCAAAAAACCCAAAAGCAAACGUGGUGGAAUGGCCAAUUUCAAAGGAAAACGAAAGAAGCGACGCCUGGAUGAGAGUGAGGAAGAGGCUGAAGACAGUGAUGAAGAUGAAUAA